CCCCGCCGCCGCCGCCGCCGCCGCCGCGGCCGUAGCCACACCGGCCGCCCCCGGAGUGUCUGAGGAGGCGCGGGCCGCCGCAGGCUCUGGCGCCGCACCGCGCCAGCCCGAGCGGCCGGACGAGGCCCAGGGAGCCGCUCGCCCCGACCCCGCCGCCCGAUGUCCUUAAGAUGGAGGCGGCGGAGGCGGCGGCGUGAAGAAGGCGGCCCUGUGGGCGCGGGGGCCCGGGCGCAGGCGGUGGCGGUGGCGGGAUGGGGCUGCUGCUCAUGAUCCUGGCGUCGGCCGUGCUGGGCUCCUUCCUCACGCUGCUCACCCAGUUCCUGCUGCUCUACCGCAGACAGCCCGAGCCGCCGCCGGACGAGGCCGCCCGCGCGGGCGAAGGCUUCCGCUACCUCAAGCCGGUGCCGGGCCUGCCCCUGAGGGAGUACCUCUAUGGCGGCGGCGGGGCUGAGGAGCCCUCGGGCGGGGGCCUGGAGGGCGGCGCGACCCCGGCCCCCGAGACCCCCGCCCCGCCGACGCGGGAGACCUGCUACUUCCUCAACGCCACCAUCCUGUUCCUGUUCCGGGAGCUGCGGGACACCGCGCUGACCCGCCGCUGGGUCACCAAGAAGAUCAAGGUGGAGUUCGAGGAGCUGCUGCAGACCAAGACGGCCGGGCGGCUGCUGGAGGGGCUGAGCCUGCGGGAAGUGUUCCUGGGCGAGACGGUGCCCUUCAUCAAGACCAUCAAGCUCGUCCGGCCCGUGGUGGCCUCGGCCGCCGGGGAGCCCGACGGCGCCGACGGCGAGGCGCUGCCCCCCAGCUGCCCCGAGGAGCUGGCCUUCGAGGCGGAGGUGGAGUACCACGGCGGCUUCCACCUGGCCAUCGACGUGGACCUGGUCUUCGGCAAGUCCGCCUACCUGUACGUCAAGCUGUCCCGGGUGGUGGGCCGGCUGCGCUUCGUCUUCACGCGCGUGCCCUUCACCCACUGGUUCUUCUCCUUCGUGGAGGACCCGCUGAUCGACUUCGAGGUGCGCUCGCAGUUUGAAGGGCGGCCCAUGCCCCAGCUCACCUCCAUCAUCGUCAACCAGCUCAAGAAAAUCAUCAAGCGCAAGCACACGCUCCCCAACUACAAGAUCAGGUUUAAGCCGUUUUUUCCAUACCAAACUUUGCAAGGAUUUGAAGAAGAUGAAGAACAUAUUCACAUACAACAAUGGGCGCUUACUGAAGGCCGUCUUAAAGUUACGUUGUUAGAAUGUAGCAGGUUAUUCAUUUUUGGAUCCUAUGACAGAGAGGCAAAUAUUCAUUGCACACUUGAGUUGAGCAGUAGUGUUUGGGAAGAAAAACAAAGGAGUUCUAUUAAGACGGUUGAAUUAAUAAAAGGAAACUUACAAAGUGUUGGACUUACGCUUCGUCUCGUCCAGUCAACUGAUGGGUAUGCUGGACACGUCAUAAUUGAAACGGUGGCCCCAAACUCGCCUGCUGCUAUUGCAGAUCUUCAGCGGGGAGAUCGACUUAUUGCUAUUGGAGGUGUGAAAAUAACAUCGACACUGCAAGUGUUGAAGCUCAUCAAGCAGGCUGGUGACCGAGUCCUGGUGUACUAUGAAAGGCCUGUUGGCCAGAGUAAUGCAGGCGCAGUGCUGCAAGAGAACUUUGGCCAGCUGGAAGAAAACUUCCUGUCAAGCACGUGUCAACCGAAUUAUGAAGAGGAAGCCCCUGGAUUGGCAAUAGAUGCUGAAAACAGAGACCUGGAUUCUGAAUUUGAAGACUUGGCAGGUGAUGUCAGAACACAAAGUGAGUUCAAAGAUGAGGCACAGUCAUUGAGUCAUAGUCCCAAACGCACUCCAACAACGCUUUCUAUUAAACCCCUUGGAGCUAUAUCACCAGUUUUAAACCGUAAGUUAGUUGCAGGAAGUCACCCACUACCACCAAAAAUCCCACCCAAAGAAGGAAAACCCUCAACUCUAAAAACUUUUGAGGUAACAGAUCCAGCGCAAGUGUCAAAACCUACCCAAGGAUCCACUGUCAAACCACCUGUGCCACCAAGACCCCAAGUGAAAGUUCCCUUGCCGUCUGCUGAUGCCCCAAAUCAGGCAGAACCAGAUGUUCCUGUUGACAAGCUAGAGAAGGCGCUGCCCCCCGCUGCUGCAGACAGAGCUGCUGAAAAGCAAGCAAAAGCUGUGGAACACGGAGAAGAUGCCACUGUACCCAAGCCAGCUGCAGCAAAGCAAGAAGUGGCGAAAGAAUUUGCUUCAGAAAGUUCCUGCCCUACCAAGGAGAGUUCGGAUGAUCGUCAGACAUGGGAAUCGUCAGAAAUUCUUUAUCGUAAUAAGCUGGGAAAAUGGACAAGAACCAGAGCAUCCUGUUUGUUUGACAUAGAAGCCUGCCACAGAUACUUAAACGUUGCAUUGUGGUGCAAGGAUCCUUUCAAGUUGGGGGGUCUCAUCUGUUUAGGACACAUUAGUUUAAAACUUGAAGAGGUGGCUUUAGGAUGCCUAGCUACAUCAAACAUGGAAUACCUUUCAAAGUUCAGACUGGAAGCCCCCUCCCCUAAGGCUAUUGUCACUAGAACUGCACUACGCAAUCUGAGUGUGCAAAAGGGAUUCAAUGACAAAUUCUGCUUUGGUGACAUUACUAUUCACUUCAAAUAUCUGAAGGAAGGAGAACCAGACCACCAUAUAGUUCCUAACAUAGAAAAAGAAAAAGAACUGCAUUUGGUGGAAGAAGUUUCUGCUCUCCCUAAAGAAGAGCACCUUACUGGGCAGAUGGGUUUCACAGAAAAUAAACACAAUUUCCAGGAUACCCAGUUCCAGAACCCAACUUGGUGCGAUUACUGUAAGAAAAAAGUCUGGACUAAAGCUGCUUCCCAGUGUAUGUUCUGUGCGUAUGUUUGCCAUAAAAAAUGUCAAGAAAAGUGUCUGGCCGAGACUCCUCUUUGCGGAGCAACUGACAGGCGAAUAGACCGGACCCUGAAAAACCUCAGGCUGGACGGACAGGAACCCCUUGUCGGCCUGCCUCGUGUUGAUGCAGAAGCUAACAAGUCAGUCAAUAGAACAACAGGUCUAACCAGACACAUCAUCAAUACUAGCUCACGUCUGUUAAAUUUGCGUCAAGUCUCUAAAACUCGCCUUUCUGAACCAGGAACUGAUCUUGCAGAACCUUCACCAAAACACACACCCAAUACAUCAGACAAUGAAGGCAGUGACACAGAGGUCUGUGGUCCAAACAGUCCUUCCAAACGGGGAAGCAGUGCAGGCAUCAAGUUAGUGAGAAAGGAAGGCGGGCUGGAUGACAGCGUUUUCAUUGCAGUCAAGGAAAUCGGCCGGGACCUGUACCGGGGCUUGCCCACAGAGGAGAGGGUCCAGAAACUGGAGUUCAUGUUGGAUAAACUGCAGAAUGAAAUUGAUCAGGAGUUGGAACACAAUAAUUCCCUUGUUAGAGAAGAAAAAGAGACAACUGAUACAAGGAAAAAAUCCCUUCUUUCUGCUGCUUUAGCUAAAUCAGGUGAAAGACUCCAAGCUCUCACCCUUCUUAUGAUCCACUACAGAGCAGGCAUUGAAGAUAUCGAAACUUUAGAAAGCCUGUCUUUAGACCAGCACUCCAAAAAAGCAAGCAAGUACACAGAUGAUGCAGAAGAGGACCUUGAUAACGAAAUAAGCCAGCUAAUAGACGCGCAGCCUUUCAGCAGCAUAUCAGAUGACUUGUUUGGCCCCUCUGAGUCUGUGUAACACAAAAGCUGCUUCAACUUUUAAAUGACUGGGGGAAGGUCGCAUCUCAAGUACUCAGCUACAACCACGUUAAACUCCUCUUACAAUGCACUCUGGCCUGCUUCUCUAGAGUUACUUGUGUAAGAACAAGAAUGAAAAAGGUUGUUUUCCUGCAAAAACAUGACCAGCUCACUAAAUUGGUGGUUUCGGGUUGCAUUUAUAGCUAUGCUUUUUUGGGUUUAUACUGGGAAUUCAUUUUUACUAAUUUAUUUUUACCUUUUUCUAAUUGUGUAAUUAUGUAAUAAGCUAACUUUCCAUGUUUGUGUAUGUGUGAUGCCUCGCUGUAUUCUCCUUCCUUUUAGUUUUUGAAUUAGUUUUAGGUAGGAUACUGUCUAGUCUUGAAACCUUUCAUUUCCAUCACAGGCUUGCUGCAUGCCCGGAGUGACAGUAGCAGUCAUGAAAGGACUCAUUGUUUUGUGUUAGGAAGUUUAUCAUCCCGAUAGACCUGAGAUUUUGUUAUUUGGGGGUUCAGGAGGGUGGUUUCUGUUUUGCCAAAUGUAACAUAAAAGCAGAUGCACAGCUUUAGUCUGUUAUGCUGAUUUAGUAAAAACAAAUUACAUAUAUUGCUUUCUAUGCUUUGUGAAAUUUUUUUCUAAAGUUUUUGUGCAGCUAAAGUAAAAAUAAGUGAUUACUUUGAAGAGCUUGCACUGAAAAAACAACAUAUAAUUGGGAAUUACAGAAUGUAGUUGGUCAAUAAUUUUGUAGGAUAACAAAUUUUAAUUACUGAAAAGCAGUAACCAGUAGGAUUUUGAAAUAUCUUUCAAAAUGUUGACGCUUUCCUUUUAAGUGGAAGUUUUAAAUACUCAUGAUGAUUUUUUUCAUCUUCAGUUCUCCCAUAGGAAAUAAAGCAUGUACAAGGAUA